CUUUGUCUUCCUCCUCUUCUUCUUCUUCCUCAGUGUCCUCCUCCUCUUCCUCUUCUUCCUCUUCUUCAUAUUCCUACUCCUCAUCUUCCUCCUCAUCCUCAUCUCCUCUGUUCAACCCAUGGACCCCUACACCCCUCCCUUCCUCCACCCCUCCCACCCCUCCCCUGCCUCCUCCUUUACCUACUCCUUCCCCGACUCCCUCCACUCCCUCCCCUCCCUCCCCUCUCUCCCCGACAAACCAAAGAAGACAAAGACCCCCCGCAAAUCCCGCGCAAAGCCCAAAUCGCUCGCGAUCCCUCCCCAGACCCCUCCCCCUCCCCGCCAUGAUCUCACCCCUCCCGCCUCCUCCCCUCUGCGCGAGUCCUAUCUCUCCCACUCCGACGCCCACCACCCGUCCGUCGCCGGCAAGACCGUGCCUUCCCACCCCUUCCUCACUCCCCAGUCCAUCCGCCGCCAGCGCCAGCGCCAGCAGUCCUCUUCCCCUGUCGCCCACGACGCCGCCAGCAACGCCCUCGGCAUCUUCGUCUCCGGCCCUGACUCCAGCGAGGCCGUCGAUCCCCACCUCAUCUACUCCGGCGGCCAAUCCCAGCUUACUCAUCUGACUCCCUCCUCGUCGUCGUCAGACGACAAAUCCCACCCGGCAGAGUACGACUCCUACACAAAGUUCUUCAGAUCGCCUAUCCAGUACCCGCCCUACCUCGGCAAGCGCUCUCUCAGCGACUUUGGCUCGCUCUCCUCCAGCUGGUUGAAAUCAUCUACAAAAUCCUCCUCAGAGAAGACCAAGGAUCAUAAGCGCCACAAGCGCUCGCGCACAAUCAGCUCGCUCUCGGUCUCGAGCGACGCUGCUGUCGCUCCUCCUGCCGAUGAUCUGAGAACCCCGCCUGCGUCGGCGACAACGCUCUGCUUCUCCAUCUCCGACGACGGUCAGGCGGUUAUUGAGUGUCGCUCUGAUGCUGCUCUAAGCCAGACCGCGCCGCCCUUGUCUGCGAUCUCUCAGGACUGCCCUCCCACAACGACGCUUUCACGCUCACGCAACCCUUCCUCGUCGCUUUCGAUCGCAACCAUCUCGUCGUCCGACUACACCAGUUUCUCGUCCGACGACGAUGAGCAAUCCGGUGUUUCCGAAGCUGAGACAGAGAUCUUUGAUCCCAAGCUCGAGCACAUCUCGCGCUCGGACGCGCGUGUCGCGAUGGCGAAGGCAAUCAGACGACAGCAGGCUUUGCUACAGGUCUACAGAGAGCGGGUUGCUUCCCGGGACACGGCGCGGUCGGAGAAGAAGAAGAGCCGGAAGAUGAAGCGGAGUGCGAGCACGAACGAUGUUCAUGAGAUGCAGCAAAUGCGCGGCGAGCAGGGUAGCGUGAUGCAGGAGUCCGCGCCGUUGAGUUAUCCUAUGAUGGCUGCGACUUCGAUGCCUGCCAGAGCCGCUACUUUUGAACAGCAUGAGUACUCACAGCAGCAGCAGCAGCAGCAGGAGGGAUGGAUGAUGCAGGAGAUGGCGUAUCAGCAUCAGCAUCAGCAGGCCGAAACUCAGGCAGCGCAGGCUAGAGAGACCACCCCGAAGCGCAAGCGAGGCAGACCCAGAAAGACCACUACCGCGCCAGCUCCCCAGCUUGCUGCUGUCGAGGAGCCAGCACCUACCGCCCCAGCUUUAGCGGCGUCGAGCGAGGGCGUUGCGAGGUGCAUAUGCCAUGCAAAGGACUGGUACGGCGAGCCGAUGAUUCAGUGUGAUUCGUGCCAGUGCUGGCUUCAUAUGUCGUGCGUGGGUCUUGAUCCGAAUGUACAGUUUUCGGGAUCAUGGUAUUGCCCGUACUGCACAGAGGCGCAACGUCAUCAUCACCAGGCGCAGAUGCAGCAGAACCAGCAGAUUCAGAGAGCGCAUCAGGGUUAUUAACGGAGAGAUUAGAAUGAGAGAUUAAGAGAAAAAGGGAUGAUUGUUGUAUUUGUUUUACAAUGAUGGCGUUUUAUGAUAGGAAUGUCUUUUAUGAUUAUUUGUGAUUAAUGAUUACAGAAGUACUGUGACUGUGAGUGAAGGAUUGUAGUAUAGUUAGUUCAGCAAUCUAUAUUAGUGUUUCAACCUGG